GGAGGAGGAAGGAUGAAGCUAGUUUAUUGUACAAGACAGGAGAGCACACACAUACAAGUAGCUUAAGAUGAAGUGGCUAUUUGUUGCCUUCGUUGCUUCUAUCCUUGUGGUUGGCGUCUACUCUGCUGAUGAUUCAUCGAUCUGGUGUUACCAUGACCCUUCUUGCGAUGACACAACAUGGCCGACGAAUUUUCCUGAGUUUUGCAAUGGCAGUAGACAGUCCCCCAUAAACAUCGUGUCUGAUGAUGCCACAGAAGAUGCAGGCCUGACCGACUUUAACUUCACUCAAUUUGACAACACCAGCGCACUGAAAGAGAUAACCAACACUGGCCAAACUGUCAAAGUGAACAUGAACCCUGGGGUGGAGAUUUCAGAGGGUGGUCUCUCCGAGCCCUACGACACCUUGCAGUUCCACUUGCACUGGGGCAACGGAUCGAGCACGGGUGGCUCUGAGCACACAGUCAAUGGGAAACGCUACCCAAUGGAGUUUCACAUCGUCAACAUCAAGGGCAGUCUUAACCUAGACACAGCCGCUGCCGUCAAUGACUCUACGGGAGUUGCUGCUCUGGGUUUCUUUAUUGAGGCAGAUGACAGUCUUCCAGAUGACCAACCGGCCAGUUGGCGCAUGCUCACGUCCUACUUGCAGAAUAUCACACUAGCCGGUCAAGUAACCCCCAUAGAGUCAGAGAUUUCACUGGACGACCUUCUGCCAGGAGUGAACCGUUCAAGUUAUUAUCGUUAUCUUGGCUCGCUGACCACGCCCGCCUGCUACGAAGCAGUCGUCUGGACCGUUUUUAAGGAUUCCGUCAAAAUCAGCAGCAACCUGAUUGACCUCUUUAGCACAACGCUGCACGUCAACACCACCGACUCAUCACCGAUUGCGGUCAACGUCUUCAGGAAUAUCCAAGACUCUCAGCCAGUCACCACCCAGCCCAGGGAAGAGACUAGCGACUCGUCCAAAGCUUGCGUCUCUCUGGGUCUGCUGGCUCUCAGCCUUGUACUGGGCUGGAGUUAGUCCUCCACAGUUGACGCUUAAUUGCAGAUGAACCCUUUUAUGAAUGUAGCUUGGCUUCACCGACUUUUUAAUCGUUAAAUUGUUUUUUGGGAUUUUUUUUUUUAUGUGUGGAACCUAAUCUACUUUAAGAAUAAUACUCAAAUUCUGUAAUAAAUAAAUCCUCGCUGCAGGAUGUCAAAGUGAGGCUAGCACCUUUACAAAUGUUACAUUUUAAAUUGCUAAAUAUAGUUUUAAGUUGAAACACCAGCUGCUACCUUUUUACGGUCACACACAGAAUGAAGCUAUUGUUGCUUUUAUAUUAUAAAUAUUUCUAUUUAUUUGACCUUUAUGAAUUGUAUGAUGGAGUUUGCCCGGUGAUGCACAACUUUGCACAAAACUGUGACUUUUUUGUCAAGUUUUGUGCGUGAACUUCAAAUGAUUAUAUAGGUGAAACUUAAAGGAGUUCCGAGCGAGCCACAAGAAACCCAAAACACAAAAUACAUCACAGCCUUUUAUUUCCUGCAAGACUGAUUACAUCUGUUCAAGUGACACUUGCCAAUAAAUGUGCGCACCUUUUGUGUGAUUGUCUCUGAA